AAAGUCUCAUUGUUAGAUCUCCCAAACAUUUUCUACAUUCAAUCCCCGAUUCCCCCAAAAAUCAGUCAAACCACCACCCAGCUCCGGCACCGACGACAAAAAUGACCGACUACGGCACGAUUCCAACCUCCUACGCCGCUGCCGCUGCCACCGCCGCUAACCUCGAGUACAUCUCCCGCGCCAAACAGCGCUUCAAAGACGGGCUCGGCCACCGCCGUCCAUGGCGUCUCAUGGCCGAUUACCGCUCCUUCACUCUCCCUUCCAACCUCCACGACACUCUCGCUCGCAUCAAAAUCAACCUCGCUUACUUCCGUAUGAACUACGCCAUCGUCAUCCUAAUCAUCCUCUUCCUCGCCCUCCUCUGGCAUCCGAUUUCCCUCAUCGUCUUCGUGCUCAUGAUGUCCCUCUGGCUCUUCCUCUACUUCCUCCGCGAUCAGCCUCUCGUUAUCGCCGGCCGUGUUCUCCAAGAUUGGAUCAUUCUCCUCGUCCUCUCUGUUCUCACCAUCGGAUUCUUGUUCUUGACCAACGCCUCACUCAAUAUUCUCAUCGCUCUGAUCAUCGGCGCCGUCGUCGUUUUGGCGCACGCCGCCGUGAGGAAGACCGAGAAUCUCUACUUGGAUGAAGAAGCUACUGGAUUGAUGGCGCCUGGAUCGUCUUCUUAAUUGUAGAGGUGCUGUCGUUCCCAUUUUCCAUCGACGCCCCUCCUUCGGAGUGUUCACUGGCACACUGCUCAAUAUCCACCAUUCGGGGCUCAACAUCCUCGCUGGCAUACUGCUUAAUGUGGGGUCUCGCAAUCCACUCCCAUUUUGGGGUCCAUUCAGAGCCCUCGUUUGCACACCACCCACUGUUCACCCCUUUGGGGCUUAGCGUCCACGAAGCUCAACAUCCUCG